GGUCAAAUCUCCACAGUCACACACCUCUUCUUUCUUUGAUCCGAGUCUCUUGCCUCCAAUUUUCCCUUGCCUUUUUUCUCUCUUAUAAUUGUCUCUGUCCACUCUUUCUUUUCCCUACUACAAACAUACGUCUACAUAUAUACACAUACAUAUAUAUAUAUAUAUCACACAAAUCCCUCCCUUUUCAUUCAAACCCAAAACUCUUGUAUUUUUUUUUUCUCUUUCCUUUGAGUUCUGAGUUUUCUAAACUGGUAGAGACAAAACAAAACCAAAACCAAAACAUAUCUAUCCACGUCGCACGAGUCUAAGUAGCGAAAAAGCUUUAUUACUAGCUAGGCAGGCAGUUCUCGAUUACAACAAACAACAAAUAGAUGGGUCGGUCGCCUUGCUGCGAGAAAGCUCAUACCAAUAAAGGUGCCUGGACCAAAGAAGAAGACCAGCGCCUUAUCGACUACAUCCGCCUCCAUGGAGAAGGCUGCUGGCGUUCCCUCCCCAAAGCCGCCGGGUUGCUCAGGUGUGGCAAAAGUUGCAGACUCAGAUGGAUAAACUACCUUCGUCCUGAUCUCAAACGAGGGAAUUUCACCGAAAUAGAAGAUGAACUUAUCAUCAAGCUCCAUAGUUUACUCGGAAACAAAUGGUCCUUAAUUGCUGGAAGAUUACCCGGAAGAACUGAUAAUGAAAUAAAGAAUUACUGGAACACUCACAUAAAGCGCAAACUCAUAAGCCAGGGUCUUGACCCACAAACUCACCGGCACCUCAACGAAACCGCCGGCGACGUGGCCGGGGCCGGGCCCGGGGCCGCCGCUUUGGAUUUCAGAAAUGGGUCUCCGCCGGCUUUGCCUGUGGCCGAAAUCAAUCUCAUGGCUGAGGCCAGACGAAGAAAAGCCACGGUGGCGCCACCCAAUAAGUCUGUUAAGGAACCCAUAACAGAGACAGUACUAGAAGACACUAAUUAUUGCACAAGCAGCGGGACAACAACCGAAGAUGACCAACGACCAGAAAAGGAGAAGCCAGUGUUCGUUCAGGAUCAGAGGCCAGUACUCAAUUUGGAGCUUUCGAUUGGGAUUGGCCCAUUUCAGUCUCGUGAUACAGCUCAGUCUAAAUUAGUACACAUAAUUCCCCAACACCAGUUGUUUAAUGGGGCCCUGCAGUCGCCGAACACGGCAGCGGUCGCGGCGGCUGUUGUUUCUCAAUCUCAUGGUGCUGUUUGCUUGUGUUGCCAUUUGGGCUAUCAAGCCAACGAGUUAUGCAGAAAUUGCCAAUCCACAAAUAGCUUCUAUAGAUUUCAUAUGCCUCUAGAUUCAUAACGCCUUUUACUUUUGGGGAAUCAAAUUUAUAUGUUUUUAUUUUAUAGAUUUGAUGUAGACAACUUAUAAUUGGUUUUAUAUUUAUCCGUCCAUUUUUUUUCCGUAUAUAUGUACCUACUAGUUUGGUAGAAUUACUAGAUCUCAAUCGCUUUACUAGAUCUUAUCUAUACACACAUAUAUACUGUUCAAACUACAUACCAUCUUUUUAUCAAUGAACAAUCAUUCUUUUUCAUUUGGGAAA